AAAUCUCAUCGCAAUAUCCUCAAGCAUCUACGAUUUUAUGAGAUCGCCCGAACCCUCUUCAGUAUGGUCGCUUUAACCCGCAGUUUCUUGACCACCAUCCUCUCAAUUCUUCUAUUCUCAUCAGCCUCCAUACAAUCUGACGAUGCUCGCGGCACAGUCUCACCACCAGCCAUCGAAGAACAGCUGCAAUCACUAUCACUAUCUCAGAUCAACACCAACAAUUCUCCAAUCCAUCUCCACCAGAUUGGUCAAUGCCCAACGUCACCAAAGCCAGUAUGCUCUGAUCCUAACUGUCAAGGGCCCAGAUACAUCUGCCCUAUGCAGUUUCAAUGCGAGGCUACAACAGCAUUCCAUAUGAAUGGCAGAGACGUUACAAUCACGGGCUGUCGCUGCUGCCCACUUCCGAUCUAUGUGUGGUGUGAAAAUCUUGACUGUCGUGCUCCGGCUGGCACGAGACAGUGUGCAUCUGAUGAGCUGGGAGGAUGUGCCUGCGACACAGCUGAUGAUCGGAAGGAGAGAUUUCACAGGGAAUUUAGAGUCGAAGAUAUCCCUGUUCUCGCCGAAGGAGAGGUCGAGGAGGACCUGAUCGAGGUCAACGAUGAUGGUCUCUUGGAUAUCGAUUCAAUGACACAGACCCGGCCAGUCACGGCGAGGCCUGACGGAUCUACUCGCCUAUCUCAGUCUGUGCAGGAGCAGGAGAGACGUCGCACUGGUGCUAUGGUGUUGCCAACGUUGGGAUCUGACCAACAGCAAUUUCGCGUCACGAGAGAUGCUCAAAUAGAUGUUCUUGCAUCCUUUUAGUUGGACCAAAGGCUACGAGUUUACAGUUAAGCGCUGUUAUAUGAAGUACAAAUUAAGGGCUUUAUUCACGUGCACGGUCAACUUUUGUGGAAAUCGUUUCUUAGAAUCAAUGUCUUUAACUAAUAAAAUACUAUCCAACAAC